UGUCAUGGCGGGCUGGUUCAAAAUAAAUUUUCGUUUGGAUGAUGUUUCUAAAUGAAAUUGCCAGUCAGCCAAUAUAGAUUCGAAAUCAAUAUUUUGUUAUCUUAAGAUAUAGUCAUUCUGACAUUGUAGAUACUAAAUAUGUUUGAAAUAUCAGAUGAUGAUGAAGAAUUUUGGGAGGAUUUACCAUUAGUGGAUAUCACAGAAAAGAACCUACCACAAAGUAAACCAAGUAAAGAAUUAGAAACUACCACCGAUGAUGGAACCGGUCAAUCCGCCAAAAGAAUAAGACUUGAAAAACAGAACAGUGGUGAACAAGAUCCAAUUAAAGCUGAACAAAUCUUCUCAAAUUCAAUUUGUACUAAAAAUAAUUUAAAUAUCAUUAAAUCAACCACCGGAAAUCCGACUAGCAAUAGUAAUGCAUGUAAUAUUAAGCAAAAGGGUGGCACUAGUAGUAUAUAUAAUACAUCUAAUAAUGAAAAAUUAGAUUUCAUCAUGAAUGAAAUUCCUGGAAAUAAUGGAAGACCAGCAUCUUGUGAAUUCUACACACCAGUGAAGAAGUCAGUUGGUAGUGCAGAAAGUACUCUUAUUCUUCCACCAAGUGUUACCAAUCAAAGAACCCAAGUACCAACACAAAGUAGGCCUAAUUUAAAAACAUCCGAUAGUAAUGAUCCAGAUAAUCAAAUUCCUAUAAGACGUGUUAAGAGAAAGUUUCCUGGACCAGCUGGUCGAUUACCUAAACUGAAACCGGGUCAACAUAUAGAGAAAACAGCUUCAACAUCACCAGAAAGUGACAACAAAUUACCACAGAAUGUUGUAAUGUCAUCUCAAGCAGCAGAUGAUGGUUUCAAUGAAACUUCAUGGCAAUCUUUAUUACAAGAUCUUGGUGAAGAAGCAGAAAUUAUUCUGGAUCAAUUUUCAGUUAUGUCUAGUUUACAGAAGGCAUCCAAGAAAUUAUUACCUAAAGGUAAAAUACCACUGUUAUUGGUCAUGGUAGAAUCUAUAGAUUUACAAGGUGCUGGAGCUAGUGUUGUAUUAAAAGAUAAAACUGGUAAAAUUAAGGGUACUUUACAUAGAGAUGUUAUUAAAGAAUAUGGGGCUGAUAUUCAAGCAGGAACAACUUUAGUUCUAAGACAGGUCAGUGUUGUUAGUCCAACCAGUCGUACUCACUAUCUGAAUAUUACCCCUACCAACAUGGUUUAUCUGAAUAGUAACACUAUCAAUGUCAAUAAACAUGUUUUUCAUCAUACAUCUUUAAAACAUUUUAUGACAGAAUUUAAAAAAAACAAACAAAAUUUUAUAGAUCAGAUGGACACAAGUGUAGUUACUCCCAAUAUUACUGCAAAUAAUCAGAACAUAGCAACACCAAAUCAACCAAGGACUUUCAAUAUUUAUCAGCAGCGACACUCAACUCCAAAUAGUUUUAAACAGCAACUCCCAACUUCAAAUAGUUUUAAUCAGCAGCUCCCAACUUCAAAUAGUUUUAAUCAGCAACUCUCUACUCCAAAUAGUUUUAAUCAACGACUUUCAACUCCAAAUAAUUUAAAUCAACAAGUCUCAACUCCAAAACCAAAAAGUUACAACCUAGGACCUUCAAUACCUAAUAGUUGUAACAACCAACUUCUUACUCCAAUAACUUGUUACCAGCAACCAUCAAUGGAACUUAAUAGUUCACACAUUACUGUAAACCGGAGUUCUGGAAAUGUUCAUCAAGCCAUUAGUUCGGCAAAGACAAUUUCUUCCAGGCUUAGCACCACAUGUAACUAUGUAACAGGAACUGACAUUUUGAAAACAAACUUAAAUAAUUCUAAUGCGAAAGAAAAUAUAGUGGCCCAAAAUUCUGGACAAUUAAACCCUUCAGUGGUGAAUAACAGUGGUCGAUAUGUACCAGUAUUUGGAAGAAAUAAACAAACAUUGGUUGAUAGUAAAUCUUCUACAAACAGUCCAAAUAAUUUUACUGGACAUUCAAAGGACAUUAAUUCCAAUGGGUUAAAUAGUGCUACUGUGACUCCUAAGACUGCCAAAUUUAGUUUUAAAAAUAAAACACCCAGUUACUCUCCAAAAACUAACAUAAACUUUAAACCUUAUAUGAGGACUAGAACUCCAGAUACACAGAAAGUUGUUUGUGAAAAAACUAGUGUUCAGUCAGAAACAGUAAUAAAUGUUCAGUCAAAUACAGUUAUAAACUUGGAUAAUAAUUCAUCAACACUAGUCAAAAAGAAAAAUGACAGUAUGGAAGAAAUGUGGCAAGAUGAUAUUACUGAUGAACUGUUAUCCCAUUUAUCAGAGGAGAUGAUCUAGAUAUAUAUUUACAUAACUUUCACUGGUGUUGGUAGAAUAAAUAGCGCAAAUCGUAAAUUAUGAUGAAUUGUAAGGUGCAUGUAUUCCAUCAAUAAUGUUUAAUAUGUUCGGAAUUUAAACUGUAUUAGAAGGAAGUUUCAUAGAACAAAAAGCGAACAAUUCUAAACAUUAAAUUGUUUGCAUGUUCAUCCUGCUCACACUAUGUUUUAUUUAAUGGAAAGAACAAUAAUGUGGGACUUGUUAUCUUGUAAAACAUAUUCUCUACUGUUAUUAUACAAAACAUUUUAAUAAUAAUCAAUGAAUCAUAUUGAACAGGAUUCAGAAAGUUAACAUGAAAAAGGUUUGUAGCAUUAGGUAUCCAUGUUUACCAAGACGAAGAAUCGAUCAAUAAAUUAUCCAAAUCCAA